GUCCUUGAAAAUAUUAAAUAUCUCUCGAUUAUUUUCAUUCGACUUUAUCCCGAAUUUCAGGUCUCAUUCAACACUCACACUCUGUGGUUCAUCUCCCCUAGUGAUCGCCAGUAACACUCUGAGCACCAUGCCUCUAAGGAUAACCAGCGGAUUCCCGGGAACUAGGAUAAUAAUUGGUCCUAGCAGCUCCCGAGCUGCCCUCAGUGCGAGAUGGGGCGAAGCUGCCUUCUCCUCCACCAUCCCACAAAAUGCUGAGGACGAUCGCUCUGCGCCUCCUCCUUUAGAUGGUCUGUCUCUGCCCGCAGCUGCGAAGCAUGACAUCGACACAUUAUCAAGCAGUGGCAUAGAAGAGAGCAGAAUCAGGUCGUCCGCUCGUAAGGAGACUCAGCGCCAAAUCCAAAGGCAGGAGAAUUCCGACAAGCACUCAGCAGAUGCAGGCAACGAUCCCAUGAGACGUCGACCAGACGCAUUCUUCGAUGUCCCCGACAACAUCGCCGCUGACCCCUUUGCGGAACCGGCGCCUCCCGCACUGCAUCCGCCUGGGCAAAAUUCUCAGCCUCGAAAGAGGCUCGUGGAUAGAGUGGCAGACGAUCUGUUUUUGACACCGCCUCAGAAUCCUCAUCCCGCUCAACAACAUCGAGAAAGAGGUGCGCCAGGCCCAGAGCGACAGAGGCAAGGAGGUUACGAUCCGCGUGGGUCGAGAGGUGGAUCCCGACCGAACAAUCAUCGAGCGGGGCCCCCGAAUCAGUUCAGCCCUAAUGCCGGCCCUUUGAGGGGUGGCGCGCCGGGCACCGGCGUGCGUGGGGGCUUCAAACAGGGUGGCCCGCCACGAUCUUUCACUGGCGGUUCGAACCGGGGCGGACCGUUCCGAGGCGGUGGAGGAGGUGGUAGAGGUGGCGCGCGAGGAGGACGAGGAGGAGGAAGAGGUAGAUUCGGUCCCAGAGGUGUGCCUGGCCUUGGCGACAUGAACGAAGCAGACGCGGAGGCUGCCUGGCUGGAGUCUGUUAUUAAGCUCCCUGCCCCUCAACCGCCUGUCAACGAUCAAUCUUUUCUUGGCUUAUUUGGCCAGAAUAGUUUGGUCGGCACACCUAUUCAUGGCAGCCGUCAUCCGGAACACAACUGGUGGGCCAAGGGCAUGGACCUGAGUCAAGCCCGUCGGUCGGAGGUGAUGCGACUCGCUGGUUCCUACGAUACCAUGCUGCCCGAUACACCCGUUCCGAGCGAUCCUCAGCUUGCCAACAAUCCAAGAGAAAGGGCCAAAGCUACUUUCCUGUGGACGAGUGCUCUAUCUCCAGGGGUCGGUUUGGAGCGAGCCAAAGCGAAUGAAGAGAAGGUCAGCCAAGCAUUGCAAUCAAACUCACGGUGAUCUAUAUAUCAUGUGCAUGCAUCCAUCCCAUCA